GUUCGGCCUGUUUUGGAGUUUCCCGUCGCCGUCGCCGUCACCAACGAUGAGCAAGAUCAAGAAAGAAGAGCGGCCGAGCCGCAAGGUCACCGACUUCUUCCAGCGUACCUCCUCUCUUGCCUCUCUGCCACCAUCAUCAUCGCCAUCUGCACCGACGAUGAACAUGUCCUCCUCUCACACGCCAAAGUCCACGAUCGGUGACUCGAAAAGUGCAACAGGUCAAAGGAAACCUGUGCACAAAGUUGCCGAAAUUAAGCAGGAAACUUCAUCUUCCGUGGACGUGUCGUCCCUAUCAUCCUUGUCUUCAGGCAGCCCAACUCUCCUCACUCCAGAGUCAAGCGCACUCAAGUCACUCUCGAGUAAUCCCAGCCCGGUGAUCGUCGUAUCGGAUAGUCCCAUGUCGAAGAAGAAAACAACAUUACAGUCCAUAACAACUGAGUCCACGUCUGCCUCUGCUAAGAAGGGUUUCAGACCGCGUCCUAUCACCAAUUCUGUCGCAAAGACUUCAGUCAGACGCCGCAAUCUCAAUCCGCCGCCCACGACCAGGUCGUCUCAACGCACCCCGCCAGUGCUACAGUUAGCAAAGUCAAAACUCUCUCUGAAGCGCAAACGUGAGCAUGAGCUUGGCGAGGACGACCUAGAGGUUUUGUCCGUCCUGCCAGGACCGGCCAAGUCCACCACUUCUCUCUCCCGACUCUCCACAUUAACAUCCUCAUCGGCGGCACCGUUAGCUCCAAAAGAAAAUAUACCUAAUAUACCUUCGCCAGUUGACAAACUACGCGACAGUGCCCACUCCACCCCAGUCAAGAAACGUCGUGUCAAUCCUCAAAGCCCUGCACGACGAUAUACCAUCUCAGGGCACGAUGCCGAAGAGUUGAUUCCUAGCAGUCAGUCGGACGAAUGCGAGUUAGCUGUUACCAAACCUCUUGACCGAAACCCAGUGGAGGUCAUGGAGUCAGUGGAUAAGUGGCGUCGUGACGCUUCCGUGCACGCGUCCCAAGAGCCAUCGACGAAACUUGAACUGCUGCCCGAGGAAGAAUCAAUUCCUCCUGAACCUGACCUGACGGUCGACGGUAUGGAUAUUGAUGGAGGUCUCGAUUAUGUCGAUCCUCCGGAGUCCUUCGUGCCUACAUCUCAGGUCGAUGAUGACCUUGGUCCACAAGUAUUUGCUUCUGAGGAUGAAGUUAAACAUCAACUUGAUACAAGUCAGGACUUUUCAUCAUCAUCUAUGACUCCUGGGAAACCUUCGGGAGCUCAAGAUACAUUUAUUGAGGAUGUUUCGCUACCCAUGAAGUCACUAGACUCUAUCAAAGAAGAUGUCUCGAUGGAGAAUGUUUUUCGACCCCACACGCCGCCAUCGCUCGACAUACCUUUGGAAGGAUCUGUGUCAAAAACGCCAAUCGCUCUUGACCAGAAGUCCAAGACAGCUCAGAUCAUUGCGCAGAUCCGAGCGAAGGCUAUGGAACGAGCGUUAGCUUCGGAUGAUGAGGACAACCCUCUGGAGUUCCAGGAGCUUGAGGACAGCAGCGAUGAGGAAUUUGACGAUAAUAUUUUCAAGAAGUAUGAGAAGGGUAAAGGCAAGGCGACAGCAGCUUCAUCGCCGCCUGCACUCAGCUCUGGUGACAACUCACCGUUGCUUGAGCCUUCUAGCGGUGCAUCUCCCACCCCUAACGACGCAUCGAAACGCUAUAAUCUUCGUCGACACUCACCUCACGUCAACGCCGAGGCAGGUCCCUCAACCUCCAAGUACUCUCUUCUACCUCUGAAAUCACGGACCCGGAAACCUGCAGCAAAGAAGAAAACAGCGAACCCACUCGACGCUCUUCUCAAAGAGAAGAAAAUCGCUGACAAGCGAGGUAGUGGGUCUGAUGCUCUUCGCAGAGCUGAGGAAGCCGUCAACUUGCCAAAGACGAAGUCAAAAAGGAGUUUGUUGGACGAGAUGGAGGAUGAAGAGGAGAAGCCUGAUUCUGAUUCCGAGGUUGAUUGGGCUAACGAAGAAGCUGCUAUGAACAUCGUGAGGCAAGGUUCCAGACGACUUAUUUUGAAGUCAUCAAGCCCAGCUCGUGCGCCGGCGCAUCAUGGCGAUAGUGACUCUGACGACGAGGGUGAGGUGGGUGAAGCGUUAGAGGAAGAUGAGUGCCGGAAAAUCCUUGGAGAAAAAGAUGGGACGGCUGUUGGGAGCAUCCUUGCGAAGGAUCGAGCAUCGGCCCACGAGAAAACGAAGAAACGUAAAGCCGUACGAGGGGUUGUGCUGUGGGAUAUGGUCCCCGUUGAUGAUAACAUGGGCGUGGAUGAUCUGCCGUCGUUACCUGAGGCGACUUCUGGUGAAGAGAAGGUUCCGCUUUUGACUGCUUUGCGAAGCGCCGUGGAUGCCAGGAAUAUCAGGCGGCUAUGUUUGCUGCUGCGUCCUGACUCUAUGGAGUUAAUUAAGUCGGAACACUGUGCCCCUCUACUACGGUGGGUUUGCCACUUAGCUUUCUCGAUCUCGAUACCUAUGUUAGGUGCACAAGCAUGCGCCGUUCUCUGUCAAUGUCCAGACCUAUUCAUCUCGUCGGAAUUGAAUACAAUACAUUUUGACAUUAUCUCUGCUGCUCUGGCUCAUCUCGGUGCUAGGCGAGAUACGCUGGAAGCUUUGGGCUGGUCCGUUCCUGAUGGGGUGGAAACUUCAAGACCUGGUACCGAAGACCGCGAACGCUCGCUAUUUCGGAUGGCGCAAUUUAUGUCUGUGUAUGCUAGCAUGCAUGCGUUUCAGAGAGACGCAAUUCCGGACGUUGUACUAGCUUUGAUCCUCAUUGGACUUGACCCGAGCACCUCUGCGGCUCUAGCAAGAGAUAUCAGAAGUACAAUUGAAGACUUGUGCUCGAGUGUCAAUGAUGCUGCCUGCGAGGAGCAAAUUGCAUUGAAGGUUCUCAGCUAUGCUACACAGCUGGAACCUAUCAACAAAUCACUCGUCGUUUCGAUGUUCGUCAGAGGCUCUUUACAGUCUACAAGAAUAGCGAGAUGGAUUGCGCGGAAGAUGUUGCUAGGCCCUAAUGAUCCCGCUGUCGGUCCUUAUAUCCACCUUCCGUCACUCAAGCCUUACAUCGAACUUCUAUCUCCGACUGUGGGCUCACAAGGGUUAUUCGACAUUCCCGGGAACUCAGAUAAACCAGAGUAUUAUGAAGAACUACUCUGUCAUGUGGAGAUUUUGGGUGUCGCUUUGACCGACAUCGAUGGAUAUGUUGAAGAAGAAAGGGCUGCGAAUCGGGAUGCUCCCAGGAGCUCGAUUUUGGAUAGUCCCAGCAAAAUCAGAGAAAGAUCUGAUCUUGAAACAGUGACUAGACAGCUGGAUCUAUUGCAUGGCAGGAUUGUCGAUACCCGCGCUGCUCAUCUCGAUCGUUCAAGAGUAAAGGCUGCUUUGCAGCAACUCUCGUUCCGCGUUCAUUAUCAACGCCAAGCGUGCUUACAACGAGGCUCACGUUCUGGCAGCGGGAAGCCGAGACCAAAAAACUUGCAUUCGUAUUUCUCAACUCCAAAGUAAUAAUCUCGUCGCUUCGCUUUCGCUGCUAUCGGUUGCUCUUCGUUAUCAUUUUGCCCUUUACAUAUAAUGGCUUUGAAUUUCUAUCAUAAUACACGAAUAAUUCGCUCGACCGCCUUCUAGCACCUACAUGUAGGACAUUGGUAGAGUACUGUCCUGGAAUGACCGUUCAUUCACGGCCUGUGACGUGUGACGAUCGAAAUCGCCAUUCACGAGGGUCGAUGACCUGUGACGGCC